CUGCCCGAGUACUUUGGGCGGGAGGACGAAAGCGACGACAGCGACUUCUACAUCCAGCCCCGCUUGGUGGUCCACAUCGACGAUGUGGCCAUUGCCGCCGUGGGCAACGUUUUCCGCAGCCUGAUUCCUCCGGACUCGGUGGUGCUGGAUCUGAUGAGCAGCUGGCGCUCCCACUGGCCGGCGGACCAUCCCCGUUCGAGGCUGGCCGGCCUGGGAAUGAACGACGUCGAGAUGGCUGAGAACCCAGACCUCGACGAUUACAUUAUCCAGGACAUCAACAAGAAUCCCGUCCUGCCCUACGAGGACAACACCUUUGACGCGGUGGUCAUCACGGUUUCAGUCCAGUACCUUAUCCGCCCCAUCGAGGUUUUCAGUGAGGUGAACCGGAUCCUCAAGCCUGGCGGCAUCUUCAUCGUCACCUUCUCCAACCGGAUGUUCCCCACCAAGGCGGUACGUAUCUGGCGAUACUCCACCGACCGGCGCCACAUCGACCUGGUGGCCGCCUACCUGGAGGAGGCCGGAGACUUUGACGAAAUUCGGGGCGGCUUCACCAAUCCGGAAACCAGCCCCCCGGGAGACCCCCUCUUCGCCGUAGUAGCCAACAAAGCCACCGACUGA